CGUCCGCAGACUUGUCAUCCAACUCUCCAAAACACACACUCGCUCCCUAGCUAGUUGCGGUGGUUAGCUAACACAUGGCAGCUCCACAGCUUCUGAACAGCUCGUAACGAGCGGAAACUGAGCAUGUGCCGCGCGAUUUGGUAUCUUCCCAGCUCACGCCCGCGUGCAGCGAGCCUGCCACCCCAAACGCUUCAGGACGCCCCGAAGCAGUGCCUGCAAGGCGUGGCCGGCGGGGCGCUGCGCUGCGACGGCGUGAGGCGACGAAACCGUCUCACUCCGUGAUCCGCGACGACGCGCGGCUCGGGCGCCUAGCCAGGCCCUCUACCCACCUGGAGCCUGUGCGAGGGACCCCACACCAGCGAUGGAGGACUGCGGGGCAAAAACGGCCGCGAUUCCGCGACGGCGGGCUCGAGUGUGUUUUGGCGCAUAGGCGGCCGUUCGACGAGCUCUCCGUCAACCCCCUCAGCAGCCAGUUCUCGCAGACAAUCAUGCCCGAGGUCGCGAGCAUCAAGGUCGUCCUCGACACGUCGCUCCAAGGGGCCAACACGAUGUUCGGCGAAGCCUGCGAGUACGGCCUCAACACGGGCGACGUGAUCCAGUCGACGGACUUCGGCAAAAUGGUGCCGCUGUGCGUCACCAAGCCGGGUGACCUGAAGUUCGACAACGACAUCUUAUCCUGCUGCAAAAAACAGUGGAGCCAGAUCGAGCACAAGCUCGAGGACGGCGUCCUGGGCGUCAUGGCCUCCCUCCCCAUCAGCACGCUCUUCGACGACGGCGUCGAGCUCAUCCUCGCGGCCGACGGCGCGCCCAAGGAGGGCACGGUCACCUUCAAGAAGUUGAUGCGGUCCAUCGGACCCGUGACGGCCGUCGCCUGCACGCGCGCAGCGUCCCCUCGACCUCAUCGCGUUGUCGUAGGUGUCCGGGUGGCGCCACUCACUCUGCCACGUGUUACGCGCAGGCGUGCUCCGCGCCAAGGGCCAGCACGAGGAGAUCAUCGACUCCUCGCUCCGCGAGUGCAAGGAGCGCCGCGCGCUCAAGAAGGCCGCCGUCGCGCAGCGCGAGCACGAGAACGUCACGGCGGCCGGGAGCAGCGAGGACGCGGCGGCGGGCGCCGGGCACUGGGCGCAGGUCAGCGAGCCGGCGGCGAAGAAGGCGCGGUCGUGCACGUGCAACCGCCGGCCGUGCGUCUGCCGCGUCGACUGAGGGUGUAGUCUUCGGGCGCGGCUAAGUAUAGAGUAGGUCUAUGAAACCUGAG